UUUUUAUAGCUGUGCAGCUGAAAUGUGAAGGGUCACAAUGGGAGGAUAAAUAUAAGGGCCAGCACUCUGGAGAGGUGUCGCAGACGAAGGUCGGAUCUUCUGCCUCCUUCUCUUCUCCCAGCUUGUCUCCAGACCUAAAAGAGUCAAGAUGCCUCACGCAUACCCCUUCCUCUCCCCUGAACAGAAGAAGGAGCUCAGUGAUAUUGCUCAGAGGAUUGUCGCUCCUGGCAAGGGAAUCCUUGCUGCAGAUGAGUCCACUGGCAGUGUAGCCAAACGCUUCCAGAGCAUCAAUGCUGAAAACACAGAGGAGAACAGGAGGCUGUACCGCCAGCUCCUCUUCACUGCUGAGGACCGUGUUGUGCCUUGCAUCGGCGGCGUCAUUCUCUUCCAUGAGACCAUGUACCAAAAGACAGAUGAUGGCAAAGUCUUCCCACAAUACCUCAAGGAAAGAGGCAUGGUGGUUGGCAUCAAGGUUGACAAGGGUGUCGUCCCCCUGGCUGGAACAAAUGGCGAGACAACCACCCAAGGGCUUGAUGGGUUGUAUGAGCGCUGCGCACAGUACAAGAAGGAUGGCGCCGACUUUGCCAAGUGGCGUUGUGUUCUGAAGAUCACCCCCACCACGCCCUCACGGCUGGCCAUCAUUGAGAAUGCCAAUGUCUUGGCUCGCUAUGCUAGCAUUUGCCAGAUGCAUGGCAUUGUCCCCAUUGUUGAGCCUGAGAUCCUCCCUGAUGGCGAUCAUGACCUGAAGCGCUGUCAGUACGUCACUGAGAAGGUUCUGGCAGCUGUCUACAAGGCCCUGUCUGACCACCACGUCUACCUGGAGGGCACCCUGCUCAAACCCAACAUGGUCACCCCCGGACACUCCUGCUCUCAUAAGUACAGCAACCAGGAGAUCGCCAUGGCAACUGUUACUGCCCUGCGUCGCACUGUGCCCCCUGCCGUUCCCGGAAUCACUUUCCUGUCAGGUGGCCAGAGUGAGGAGGAGGCCACAGUCAACCUGAAUGCAAUGAACCAGUGCCCUUUGCACAGGCCCUGGGCUCUGACCUUCUCAUAUGGCCGUGCCCUGCAGGCCUCUGCCCUGAAAGCCUGGGGGGGCAAGAAGGAGAAUGGAAAAGCAUGCCAGGAUGAGUUCGUCAAGAGAGCUCUGGCCAACAGCCAGGCCUGCCAGGGGAAGUAUGUUUCUUCUGGAGACAGCGCUGCUGGUGGAGAGUCACUGUUUGUGGCUAACCAUGCUUACUGAGUACGGAUAGCCUUGCCACCUUCCAUUCACCAUCUCUGCAACACUAAAGAAAAAUACCAGUGCUAAUGUAAAAUCCCUUGCCCACAGAUAACAUCAUAAUUAACAGCUUUAACAACACCAUGGCAGAAAGCAAAAGAGAAGGAAGAAAAACCAUCAGAAUUUAUGGUGAAAAUGUCUGCCUCCAUUCCCUUACCUUUACUUUUUAAACACCUUUGAUUCCCAAUUUGUUUUUAUGCAACUUUUCUUUCUUUGUCUGCCUUCAACAAGUGCAGAAUGUAACUGGAGCAAAACAUAAAGUUUAUUUCCAAA